UCUCGGGCUGCGAUGGAUAUCUGAGGAAGACGCGUUGUCCUUUAACGUGUCGAUGUGUCGUGUUCCUCAAGAAGUUAAAGAUCUCCAUCGACCGCCGACUAAACGAGAAGCUUUAAGCGCAGUAAUGUCCAUUUUCGACCCGUUAGGACUGCUCAGUUACGUAACAAUAACGGCAAAGAUCCUGUUACAAGAUCUUUGGAGGAUGAAAACCGUGAGCUGGGACGACGAACUACCAACAUCUUCAGCGGAAGACUUCCAGCAGUGGCUACAUGCCAUACAAGAAACCGCACAGCUUCGUCUUCAGCGCUGUUACGCUCCUACGGGGGGAGUUGUUGAACGACAACUACAUGUGUUUAACGACGCAAGCGAACGAGCGUACGCAACGGCAGCCUACUGGCGAACUCGGUAUGAAAACGGUUCGAUUAGGAUUACUCUAGUGGGUGCGAAAGCAAAAGUAGCUCCGAUUAAGACGCAAAGCAUACCGCGUUUAGAGUUACAGGCCAGUUUGAUAGGGGCUCGUUUAGCCGACGCGAUUCAGACCGAACAUCGAGUUAAAGCGGAUAAAGUACUUCUAUGGACAGAUUCGCAGACCGUGCUCCACUGGAUUAGGAACGAUACGUCGCGAUAUAGUCCGUACGUUGCGCAUCGGUUAGGGGAGAUCGCGGAACGGACUACGCCGGAACAAUGGCGGUGGGUGCCGACCGCCCACAACAUAGCCGACCAAGCCACGCGCGCGAAUCUUAGUAUGAAGGAAGCGACGGACGCUUGGUUUACGGGACCCGAGUUCCUAUAUAGGGAAGAGAGUGAGUGGCCUCAACAACCGGACGACCAUGUCGAAAGUGACGCCGAGGUACUCGUACACCAUGUCACGAAGACGUCCGACGCGGCUUAUCUACCGAUUAUAGAACGAUUUUCUUCACACGAAAGAUUAAUUCGCGCAACGGCUAGAGUUUUGCAGUUCAUCGAACGUUUACGAGGCAAGGCCGCCCGACUGGAACUGCGACACUUAAAGGAAAGUGAGGACCUCUGGAUUAAGCAAAGUCAAAGAGAGGCAUUUUCCGACGAAAUCGAACGUUUAAGCAAAGGCAAAGAUAUUCACAACGGUAGCGCAUUGAGAAAGCUCGACCCAGUUCUCGAGAACGGUGUACUGAGGGCCAGAGGUAGGAUUGACGCGGCAGAAGUAUCGGCUGUCGCAAAAAGGCCUGUCAUCCUCGAUGGACGCCAUCCGUACACGAAGUUGUUAGUGAUUCGAGCGCAUGUGGAAGCGAAUCACGCUAAUCGGGAACGCGUUGUGAACGAUCUACGUCUGAGUUUUCACAUUACCCGUCUGAGACCGACAGUACGCGAAGUGGAACGAAGCUGUGUGCAUUGUAGGGUGCGCAAAGCAAUGCCGCAGCGAGCGGUAACGGGCGAUUUACCGCCGGAAAGAUUAGGCGCGUACGCAAGGCCCUUCACAAAAAAGGGCCUUGAUUAUUUCGGGCCAUUAACGGUCACCAUCGGCCGGCGGCGUGAAAAAAGAUGGGUCGCGUUGUUUACUUGUUUAACGACUCGCGCAAUACAUCUAGAAUUAGUUAAUAGUCUUACGACAGACUCCGCGAUUAUGGCGUUAAGACGAAUGGCGGCGCGGCGCGGAUGGCCGAACGUUGUCUACUCCGACAACGGAACAAAUUUCCGAGGAGCGAGCACUGAAAUUCACCGUGCGAUGGCGGAGUGGGAGCCAGCACUCCAGGACUAUGCGCUCAGCCGUCGCUUCGAGUGGAAGUUCAUCGCGCUAGGGGCGCCUAACCAAGGAGGCGCCUGGGAGCGCCUUGUGCGCUCAGUCAAGUCAUCGCUGCAGGCUACGCUUAAAGCGAAACAUCCCAAAGAAGACACGCUGAUUACCUUGCUGGCAGAGGCAGAGCAUGUUGUAAACUCCAGGCCGUUGACGCACGUUCCAGUGACCAGUGACGAUGCGGAGGCGCUUACGCCUUACCAUUUUUUGCUCGGUGGGCCAGCGGCGCUUCCAAACACUGCACCGUGUUGCCCAGCCGAUCGCCGGGCCUGGAGAGCGGCGCAGGGACUUGCGGACGAAUACUGGCGAAGGUGGAUCCGCGAGUACUUGCCUACCUUAAGAACCAGAGGGGAAUCGAGGAAGAGCGAAGGCGAUAGCCCGAGACCGGGCGACCUGGCGGUCAUCGGCGACGGCCACCUCCCGCGAAAUAUGUGGCCACGGCGAAUCAUCACGAGGACAUUCCCGGGGCCUGACGGGGUGGUCAGGAACGUCGAGGUGAAGACUAGGGGCGGGCUGCUGAGAAGACCGGUGAGAAAGGUUGCUGUCCUCCCUAGAGAAGAAUCGGCUUCGAUGACUACGCCGGGGGGAGAAUGUAGAGGACAGUUUUAGACCCCCACACAUGGGUAAGCCCCCGCGCCGAUGCGGGGAAUGAAGUAGCGAGAGGGGUGUGCAUUAGGAAGAAAAAAAACGUCGUGUGAUUGUCAUGGGACCCCGCCCAUGGAGACGGAGCGCGCUUAGCCCCCGAAAAAGCUAAGCCCCUCCAAGCUCACAUAUGAAUAGAGCACUGCGGGGCGACGAGGCAACCUACAUCACAGACCGACUGACCCGACUCUCACGCGACGUUAUUCAAGGAGUCAAGUUUUUUAUAGUGUUAAUUCUCAUAUUGUUCUUUUAACUAAAUUGUAACUACCAGUUCUUAAUAUAUUGUUUGUGCCGGAACCAGCUUUUAUUUAAAUACAGUCCACUAGUAAAAUCAGUAGAAUCAGUUUUGA